GCUUGUACAAUUUUUAAGGAUGAGAAGACUCAGUUCUUCUGCAGUUACAUUCAGUGGAUCAUACAGUGUCUAACAUGGGAACUCAUUUCAAAUCAUUGCUAAGAGGUUUGGGUGGAGUGAGCAAGACCAGCUUUAGGACUGUGUAUGCUGAUAUUCCAUCGUAUAAAAUUGGUGUUGUUGGAGUGCCUUUUAGCAAAGGACAAGCAAAUGAUGAAGGCGUUGGAAGAGGUCCAGAAAUUCUUAGAAAGGGAGGAAUACUACAAGAACUUGUUGAAUUGGGGCACAAUGUUCGAGAUUUCGGAGACAUAAAUUGCGAAGAGUUGGCAUCACAUCCUGAUCAGGAUCCACUGCAAACCAAAAUGAAAGAUCUUGCUGAAGUGGCAGAGUGCAAUCAUCAGGUGAGCAAGAAGGUGCGAGAGAUCUUGUCAGAUGGCAGUAAGGUGCUGGUGCUGGGAGGUGAUCACAGUGUGGUAGUGGGUUCGGUAGACGCUCACAUUCGUAGCAAGGGUGACCUCGGGCUGAUCUAUGUGGACGCCCAUGCUGACCUCAACACUGCAGAUACUUCACCAUCGGGCAACGUUCACGGCAUGACAGUGGCUCUUCUGGUCAAGGAGUUAAACGACUACUGGCCCUACUUACCCGGCAUGGACUGGCAAAGACCUCAAUUGUCUGUAAAUAACCUUGCGUACAUUGGUCUUCGUUCAGUUGAUAAAUUUGAAAGACUACUUUUAGAUAAAUACUCUAUCACAGCCUUUGGAAUGGCAGAAGUCGAAAAAUAUGGUAUCCACAAAGUUACAGAGAUGGCACUGGACAAGGUCGAUCCCAUGGGGACCAGAUCUUUGCAAGUCAGUUUUGAUAUUGAUGCUCUAGACCCACUAGAGGCUCCAGCAACUGGAGUACCAGUGAGAGGGGGUUUGUCCCUGCGUGAAGGAAUCCAUGUGCUGGAGAUUGUCCACAACACUGGCAGACUGAACCUUAUGGACAUAGUGGAGGUCAACCCUGUGCUUGGAUAUCAGCGAGAUAUCAAGAAAACAGUGGAGGCGGCAAUACAUGUCGUUAAAGCAGGAUUUGGCUUUUCUAGGCUAGGAAACAUUCCAAAAAAUACAUCAGAUAUACCGGGACGAUAUAGCAGUUUCAGUAAAGUAAAAGAGUAAGUUCUGGAACUUGCAUUUGGAAAAGAACUUCUACUACAGGAUUUGAAACUUGCUACAACCCAAAUUAUCUUGAAUAAGAUCGGUUUGAACUGAGUGCUCAUUAUUGUAUGAUAUUGUAGUAUAUUUUACGUAUAUUAUUUUGUAUUUGUAUACGAAUCAUGUGUACAUUUUCUUUAGAAUAAAAAAAACAAUGUGUUAAACCUAUUCUGUUUGAUAAUAGGUAUGAUGGAGCUCUACUGUUCAUAUUUUAUACAUAUCUAUGAAACAAAAAUAGUGUUAUUUUAC